AAAAACCAAAACCUUCCCAGGAUCGAGUCACGAAGCAAUCUCAAAAGAAAAGAGAUUUGAAAGUUGCGGAGUAUCGUGAUCAUAGCCACUUCAGUAGCAGUUUUUGAGUUUUCCAAAUUCCAUCAGAUAAUUUCGGAUCAAACUACAGCAACUCUACAGCCACAGCUCUGGUAAAUUCAUCUUCUAUUAUGCACUCAGUAGUAGCUGCUACAACUAGUGAAGUAGAUCUCAUCUCAACCAAGUACGCGUUUUCCUCAACCCGAUUUUGAAACUCGAUUAAAAGGGGUUUUCAUAUGACUAUUACAUCAUUUUUCUGAUGGAAGUCCCCAAAUCCCCUUCCAAAUACAAGCGAAUCGCCAAACACAAAUGGCUUAUAAAAUUCGGUUUAGUAAUUUUGGUGAUGCUGCUAUUGUUUCUGGGUUUUUAUCUCGAGUCAGAAACCGGAAAACUCAAUGCGUCGUCGUAUUACACUGUGGUUGUGGAUUGUGGAAGCACUGGGACACGGGUGAAUGUGUAUGAGUGGAUGGUAGGGGUGAAAGGAGCAAUCAAAGGGAACUUGCCAGUGUUGCUGCACUCCUAUCCUGAUAAUACAACGAAGAGGAGUUCACUUUGGAAAGGUUCUUGUCAAUAUCACUGUAUGCAAACUGAACCCGGGUUACACAACUUUAUUAAUGAUUCUUUAGGAGUGAGACAGGCUUUGGAGCCCUUCAUUGUGUGGGCGGAGCAAGUGGUGCCGCGAGAAAUGCGCGGCAAUACUCCUGCUUUUGUCUUGGCUACUGCUGGGUUGAGGGGGCUCGCCUUGGAGGACGCUGAUAGGGUAUUGGGAGAUAUUGAGGCUGUUGUGAAAGGCCAUAGCUUUAUGAUGAGCAAGAGCUGGAUAAGGGUUUUGAGUGGGAAGGAGGAAGCUUAUUAUGGCUGGGUGGCUUUGAACUACAGAAUGGGCACCUUUGAUGAGAACUAUCCCAAGUCUCCCACUUUGGGACUUGUUGAUAUUGGGGGCUCGUCGUUGCAGAUUGUGGCAGAGAUAGAUGUUGCUGGUGAUGAUGUGCAUGUGAUGAAAUCAAGGCUCGGAUGAAUGGAGCAUCGGAUUAUGGUAUAUUCAUUUCCUGCGUUUGGCCUAAAUGAAGCGUUUGAUAGGACAGUUCUUAUGCUCAGAAACAAUCAAGGUGAGGAAAGAACUGCCAGUAUCUCUGACCUCAGACAUCCUUGUCUGUUAUCAACUUAUGUACAAAACUAUACAUGCCAUUCUUGCUCUGCAUUGGCUUCCAUUUAUGAGAAAAAUCACAGCCAAGACCAGGAAAGUGAACUUUAUUCUUUACGUCUUACUGGAGAACCUAAUUGGGAGCAAUGCAAAGAACUAGCUAUUGGUGCUGCUAUGAACCCGAGUUCCAAAGUGUCACAUCUGACAGUUAGCAGAAAUUGCCAAGCUAGUUUAGUUUCUGGUACUGGCACUGAUAUACUUAAUUUAACAGCUGUUGCACAACCAGCCAAGUUUCAUGCGUUGUCUGGUUUCUUUUUUGUCCACAACAAGCUAAAUUUGAGCCCAAGAACCAACUUAACAAUGGUUUGGGAGUCAGGCAAACAAAUAUGUUCAAAUUUAUGGUCUGGUUUGAGCAGUGUUUCUGAAAAUCCAAAUUAUGCUGGACAAUUUUGUUUCCAGGUGGCUUAUAUGGCAUCAUUGAUUGAUUAUGGUCUCUGUCUUGGUGAUGUUGAAGUGGUAUUUGGCCCAGGUGACAUUUCGUGGACUUUAGGAGCUGCAUUAAUUGAAGGGAAAUUUUUGUGGUUAAACAGUAUAAGCUACGAAGCCCAUGCUAUUAUUUCAACUUUAAAGAAUGUCAAGGUCACGUCUUCUCCUACUGUUCUAUUUGUUGUACUCGUAUUACUUUCAUUGAUUGUUUAUUGUAGUUAAAUUAAGCUACCAAUGCCAAGUAGAAGGGAUUCUGCUACUGGCUCAUCUUUGCCAUCUUAUAUUCCUGUAAGACGUCGAUCUAACUAAUAAUAUUUCGGCAUUUUUCUGUCAGUCCUUUGCAUAAUUCAUU